AGUUUAUCACCACUUGCAACAUGCCUUGGAAAGGAAUCUCUGGUAGUCUCUCGCGAAUCUCCGCUGGAUCAGUCACCAAUGUUUGGGGAGUCAACGCUGCCAACAACAUCUACCGUUACACAGGCGAUGACGCCAAACCCUGGGUCCAGAUCCCCGGAGCCCUCACCGACAUAGGCGCGGCCGCUGAUGGCACCGUUUGGGGGGUCAACGCCGCCGGCAACAUCUACCGCUAUGUCUGGGAUUCCAAUCACUGGACCCAAAUUAAAGGAGCUCUUAAACGAAUCUCUGCUGGAUCCCGCACCAAUGUUUGGGGAGUCAACGCUGGGGGCGCGAUCUACCGUUAUACAGGUGAUGACGCCAACCCCUGGGUUCAGAUCCCUGGAGUCCUCAGCGACAUUGGUGCGGGUGCCGAUGGCACGGUUUGGGGGGUCAACGCCGCUGGCGAAAUCUAUCGUUAUACUGGGGACCAAGGCGAUCCCAAUCACUGGGUUAAAAUUCCCGGUGCCCUCAGUGCAAUCUCUGCUGGAAUAAAAACCAAUGUGUGGGGGGUCAACUCGGCGAACAACAUCUACACAUCCACAGGCGAUGACAAGAACCCCUGGCUUGGGAUCGGCGGUAGCCUGGUUGAUAUCGGUGCGGGCACCGAUGGUGUGGUUUGGGGGGUCAACGCGGGUGGAGGUAUUUACCGUUGGAUUCGUGAUUAGCCUGACCUUGGUGUUAGGGUAUGUUCACGUUCCCACCUUCAAGUGAUCACAUUCUCAUCAAUCCCCUCGAUUUAAAGUUACACAAAUUACCUUUGAAUGUUCAACUACUGUGAAAUCUUUAGGAUAGUGUCCGUUCCCGACGCCUGACUGUCUUGUACUUUUUCUUUGCUUAGCACCGGACAAUCGAAUAUAUGAUCGUUUACUCGUGACGAGAACUGUGU